AAAAACACAGCCUCUCUCUGCAGGGAAUCGAACGCAGCGAUGAGCAUUGAUCACAAGAAAUUUUACAAGUGAUUUAAAUGUCCCAAAAAUGUUCGAAUCACUGAAAAAAAACAUCCAGUCUGUCCAGGAUGGCAUUACCGCAGGACUUCAAAGACUGUCGGUGGGGGAGAAAUCAGCUACAACCCCCACAGAGUCCAGCGUCAACUUGGCCGCCGGCGAAGACCUCCUGCAGAUGUACCAGACGCAGUGGGCGACCAUGCACCACAUGGCUGAACAGAAUGCUAAGCUGGCACAGGAUAUUGACACAGCGAUAACAACCCUGACACAUGAGUGUGAGAACCAGCACGGCCAAAUGGCAGAAAUCCAUUCCCUCUUGGCACAUUUGCCAAAUAUCAUGGCCCAACUACACUCAAUGCUGGCCACUAUUGGAUCUCUGAGGGGACUCUUUGAGGAAGUGGAAGGAGGUCUUCUGGCCCUCGAAGACCUGGAGGAGGACCUUGCACUGCAGGAGAAGACCCUCGACCUCCGCCUGAGUCUGGCGCUGUCGAGGGAGAAGCACAACCAUCGGCUCAACGCACUCAGAACUGAGCUGUCAGUGACGCACCAGGCCAAGAUGGUGGCCCUGGAGCAGCACCAGGAGACGCAGCGCAAAGAGCGGGAGCAGGUCUUCUCCGAGCAGUUCACUGAGGACCUCAAGAACUACAAGGAGCGCGGCAUUGUGACCAGUAUGUUUAUAGGGCUGGCGGGAGAAUCACAGGCCCUUGUGUUGGAGUUUCUUUAGAGUGGCUCUUAUUGGCUUCAUUCUGUUGUACAAU